AUGAAGCUCAACAUCGUCCUCGGCCUUUUGUCGCCGUUGGCCGCGGCUUCGGUCCUGCAGGCCACCCCGAACGUUGCAUCUCGAGACUCAAAGGUCAACUACGAUGGCUACCACGUCUAUCGAGUAUCCACGGCCAAUGCCCCCAGCGAUCUAGAGUCUCGCCUGGUUUCUUACCCUUCCAUUGACCUGCGCGACUCCAUGGAGGUAGCCGUUCCGCCGAACGAGGUCGGCAGCUUUGAGGCGUUGGGUCUGGAGACAAAACUCCUUAGCAAGGAUCUCGGCAAGCAAAUCCAGGCAGAGUCUCUGGUCAAGCGAGCUGUGCCCCUUACCAAGAGAGGCGACUUGCCGGCUCUGGCAUGGUUCGAUUCUUACCACUCGUAUGAUGACCACGUUCAAUACUGGAAGGAACUUCACGCCGCGUUUCCUAAUAACUCUGAAUGGCUUGAUAUCGGUGCUUCGCAUGAGGGCCGCAACAUUUUUGGGUUGAAACUCUGGGGAGGAAAGAAGGCCGAGAACAAGCCGAUUGUUCUUUGGCACGGCACUGUUCACGCCAGAGAAUGGAUCACGACGAUGACAGUCGAGUACUUGACCUACCAGCUCAUCGACGGCUACAAGUCUGGAGACAAGAACGUCACUGCAUUCUUCGACGCGUAUGACUUUUACAUCGUUCCCUUCCACAACCCGGACGGCUUCGUCUAUUCCCAGACCACAGACCGUCUCUGGCGCAAGAACCGUCAACCGCGCUCCAACACAACCUGCGUCGGCACUGACGGCAACCGCAACUGGAACUUCCAAUGGGACUACCCUCUCGAGGACGGCAGCGUUUCCGCGGACCCCUGCGGCCAGACCUUCCGCGGUCUCAGUCCCGGCGACACUCCCGAGAACGUAGUGCUCUCCGCUCUCUCCCGAAAGCUGGCAGCCACUCCCGGUGGCAUCCGCCUCUUCAUCGACUGGCACAGUUACUCGCAACUCAUCCUUCUCCCCUGGGGCUUCUCUUGCGAACCUGACGUGCUGCCUAAGAAUCUGCAGGCGCAGCGGGACGUUGGCGGAGGGUACGCGGCCACCAUCAACGCGACAAGUGGUGAGGAAUAUCUUGUCGGACCUUCGUGUGAGAUUCUGUACUACUCCACUGGUUCUGCGAGAGACUUCCAUCACGGAGCUCUUAAUGCGACGUACUCUUGGAGCGUUGAGUUGAGGCCUAAGACCAAUGGUGAUGGAGGGUUUGUGUUGCCCCCGGAAUUUAUCUGGCCUACGGUAAAGGAGCAUUGGGAAGGCAUCAAGUAUGUCCUCAAAGCCGUUGAAUAG